UUCCCCUGCUGUUUCUCAAGAGUCCGCGAGCUCUUCCUACAGCUUCUCCUCGCUCAACUCUCCCACGGCCCUGCCCACAAUGGUUUCUCUCAGCCCCGCCCGGCCCUCCCCACCCCCCGCCUCUUAUCCCAGCCCCGCCCUCAACCCAGUCCCCAGUUGUUUCUGUGAGUCCCGCUCGGCCCCUCCCCCAGCUCCGCCCUCCUCUCAGCCCCGCCUCCACCCCCACCCCAACGGUUUCUCCCAGCUCCUCCCUGCUGCUAUAGCAGCUCUGGGCCCAAAACUCCUGCCUGGUGGCCUCGUCCCACCCUUCCCCGUACUCUUUCUCCCUCCCGUUCCUUUUCCUCCUUCCGGUUCAUCGUCCAGGCUGCCGGUCUCGAGGUCCCCUGGCCUUCGCCUGGUUGACUGGCGCGCAUCAGGGCCGGGUAAAGAAGCUAAGUGGAAGAGUGUUCCUCCUCUGGCCGUAAAGCAGCUGUCCCUGCCCUACUCUGGACCGCCCCAAAGACUCCAUGGGAUGGACCUGAGUCAGCCGAAUCCCAGCCCGUUUCCUUGAGCCUGCUGUGGUGCUGGACAUCAGUGACAGACGGAAGCAGCAGACUAUCAAGGCCACCGGAGGCCCGGGGCACCUGCGAAGAUGAAGUUUGGCUGCCUCUCCUUCCGGCAGCCUUAAUGCUGGCUCUGUCUUAAAUGGAGUCAAGACUGUGGAGACACGCUGGCGUCCCCUGCUGAGCAGCCAGCGGAA